AUGGCCAAGCUGAAGCGCCCCGUGCUGCAGCUCUACGCGCAGUGUCUGCGGUCUGCGCGUCGAUGUCCGCAGUGGGAGCAGCGCGAGAUGAUGAAGACGUACGUGCGGAUGAAGUUCCGCUGCGAGGUCAACACGCAGGACCCCGACCGCGUGCAGAUGCUCCUGGCGGACGGCCGGGAAGAGCUCGAGCGCAUGAAUUACUACCACUCCGUCUACGAAGCGAAACAGCAGCAGGCGACGAGUGCCAACGCAAGCGCUGAUGCAGGUGCGAAGGAGAGCUCACGGCCGUCCAGUUGUGUGCAGUGUCGGACGGCGUAUCCGUCCCGUGAGGCUAAUUUCUGCGCCAACUGCGGCACCAAGAGACCCGACAGCUCGUGA